UGACCACACCUCUAUUAUAAAAGAUCGAUUGGAAGUGAGAGAAAGGCAGGAACUUUUUAAAAAGAAGAAAGCGAAGAACCAUUUUUAUCUGCUGCCAUGAGUCGCCUGAGAGCUCCCGGAGCCGUAGGCCCAAGAGCAAUCCGUCCUCCUAGCGGUCUAAUCCGUCCCCCAAUGACGGCUGGAGUGGGACCAGGUCCUACCAAAUCACAUGUAGCCCCCCAGGCUCGUCCACCCGCCCAGACACCGCCGAAUAGAACAACGCCCACGCAAGCAAACUCAUUCCCGUACCAGGUCGGAGACUCUGUUUUAGUUGGCGGGGAAAAGCCCGGGAAAGUUGCUUUUAUAGGCCCCACCCAAUUUGCUCAGGGUGUGUGGGCGGGGAUCAUAUUAGACACUCCGGAUGGGAAGAACGACGGAUCCGUGAAGGGUGUGGCUUAUUUUAAGUGUCCACCUAACUACGGGUUGUUUGCCAAGUUGGAUAAAUUGAGCCCGUUGCCACAGCAACAGAAACCACACCCAUCACAAUCCUCUGAGAGUGGAGAGCCAGAAUUUAGUUUAGGGGACCGGGUAAUUGCGGACGGGGGUAAGAAAGGAACUGUCUCUUUUGUGGGACCAACACAAUUCGCUAAAGGUACAUGGAUUGGAGUCUCUUUGGACGCUCCCGAGGGUAAAAACGAUGGGAAAGUUGGUGGGGUCCAAUAUUUCACCUGCCCCCCUAAUCACGGGCUCUUUACUCGUCCAAUCAAAUUGACUCUAGACACGGCAGCCACGCCCACUAAUCAAUCAACGAGAUCAAGUGGGGGCGUGACUCCUGCCGAUCCCUCAGAGCUCAAAAAGAAGGCAGAGACACUUCGUAUUGGGGACAGGGUAUUAGUUAAUAACAGUAAAGAAGGAACUUUAAGAUUUCUGGGUCCGACACACUUUGCUAAAGGCAUAUGGGUGGGAGUGGAACUUGAUGACGCGCAGGGAAAAAAUGACGGAGCAGUCUCUGGAAAGAGGUAUUUCCAGUGUGAAGCAGCUCAUGGUCUAUUUGCUCCACUACCAAAAGUAGAGAGAAUUGGUCCCACAGCUGAUCUUAGUCGUCGUUCAAUCAGAGGCCUGAGCGGUUCUCCAGGUUCCUCAGUCUCUUCUCUCUCUUCAAAAGGGAUUCUCCGUCAGUUACAGCAACAACAGAAUCUUCCUCUUGAACCUGAGCCCAUCUCUCCUGCCCGUUCUGACACAAGUGGCAACGAUUUCUCUCACAUCAUGUUUGAGAAAAACCACCAAAUAGCUACACUGAAAUCGAGUCUCGAACAAUCGGAGCAAGAUAAAGUGAAAUUAUCAGAGGAAACCACAGAAUUAAGAAGACAUAAUGACGGCAUCACUGUUAACAGGAAAGUUGAAGACCUGCAGUUCCUGCUCGAAGAACAAGACAUUAUUAGUGGAGACAAACUGGAAGAAGUCUCGACCAGAGAAAGUACGGAAUUACAGCAGCUGAAGACACAGUUAGAGGAAGAGAAAGAGAAGAGAAAAAAAGCUGAGGAAGAGUUGAAAUCAAGCUUGUCAGAAUUAGAGACACUUAAAUCAACAACAACUGGAGCCCCUUCAGUUGAUAACACCAUCAUAGAAGAGAAGAACAAAGAAAUUGAGAGGCUAGAGAGAGAGAAAGAGCAGCUCCAGACUGAAGUGAAUGCAGCAAAACUAGCCCUAACUUCAGCUGAGGGAGAUUUCAAAUCAACAGAGACAGCUGCUAAAGACCUUCAGUCUGAGCUGGACACAGUGAAGCUACAGCUCCAAGAAACUCUUGAACUUUGCGCCCAACAAGAGACACUCCUGGAAGAGAAACUAAGUGAAAUGGAGACACUUGAUGAAGAGAAGAAACAGACGCUCCGAGAUCUUGAGAGAGUUACAGGAGAGAAGCAAAGUCUUCUUUCUAGCACAGAGCAGUUGAUUAAUGAGAGAGACAGCGCUAUGAGUCAGUGUAACAGAUUAAUGGCUGAGUCCUCCUCAGUUACCAGUGAGCAGGGCUACCUCGCCCAACAGAACUCUGACCUCUUGACGGAGCGAGAUCAACUCAAGCAAGAACUGAGAGAAAUGAAAUCUUUGCUAGAGAAAGCCAAUCAAGAGAAAGAAGAUGCUCUUCAUAGUGUAGCUGAUCUAAAGAAUCAAGACAGAGCGGCUCAGGGUCAGAGCCACGAGAUUCAAAUCAAAUAUGAAUCACUGCAGAAAGAGUUGUACAGCAAUACUGAUGAGUUGGACAGAACAAGAAGAGAAUCUGCUGCUCUUAAUGAAGAGAUUGAGCAACUGAAACUGACCAACCAACAGAAAGUUGAAAUGUCAGAGGCUGUCAUAUCAGAUCUAAAGGCAAGACUGUCAAGCAUGACACAGGAGAGAGAUGUCGCCCUGCAGGAAGCUCAGGGCGUCCUGGAAGACUUGGAAAAAGUGAAAAAGAAGAGAAACGAGCUUAUAGAGAAUUCGAAAGAAUAUCAAAAGGCUAUUAACGAACUCCAGGACCAGCUGGAGGAUGUCACACAACAUUACAAUUCGUUGGUAACAGAGCAACAGUCAGGCAGUAUACAGGGACAACUUGAGGAGACUGAGGAAAGAUUGGAACAAAAAAUGAGAGAACUGGAAGAAAGCAAAGAAAGAGUGUCAAGUCUUGAAGAAGAGAUUGUCAUAUUAUCCAGUAACUCAACUGAUGAUCCUAGACUUGCUGUUUUAGAGAAGGAGAAGUUGAGAUUGGAGGAACUAGUUAAUCAGUUGAAUACCAAAGGCACUGGAGGAGAGCAAGAUUCUCAGAUUAUUUUAGAAUUAAAGGAAGACAAUAGAACACUCCAGGCCUCCUUGCAAGACAAAGAUCAAGAAAUUACUUUCCUUAAUUCUGUCAUUGCGGAGUUACAGCUGAAGGUAGAAUCUUUGGAGUCACUCAAUGGAUUGGGAGAUCAGGCUACAAUGUUAGGCUAUACUAGUGAGGAUGACAUGUUGGGGAGUCAGUUACCUCCUCCUCGAGUGUUCUGUGAUAUUUGUGACGAGUUUGAUUUGCAUGACACAGCAGACUGUCCGUUACAAGCAGCUGAUCAAUCCCCUCCACAUUCCAUGCAUCACGGGAUCAGAGCCCAAGAGAGGCCCUACUGUGAAAACUGUGAAGUUUUUGGCCAUUGGACUGAUGAGUGUGAAUAUGAAGAAACAUACUAAAUUUUUCCAAUUGAUGGUAUCCGAGAGUUUAUUAUUAUUAUUAUUAUCAUAUUACUAUUAUUAUUAUUAUUAUUAUUAUUAUUAUUAUUAUUAUUAUUAUUUUAGAGUGUUAAUUCUCUAGGGAUUGUUUAGCUUGAUAAUCAGUUCCUUUUUAAAUCAGUUUCCUCUUUUCUUCUUGACUUAAAA